AUGCUACACAGGAAUCGUAUGAAAGAUCCCUCGAGGAAAGCCAGUCCCCCAGGACCGACUUACAUGUCCGAUGACCAAGUUGCAAACUACUUGAAAGACCUUCGUACCAACCGACCCUCCAGACCAAAUGGUUCUCGUCCCUUGCCGUCUCGUUCCACCACCUCCAUGUCCAAGGUUCCCGAGGAUCCUCCACGAGCCGCAUCCGCUUUGUCCAUGAACGAAUGGCGCGAGUCGUCGGCAAAGGAGUCAACGCAUACAGACCCAUACCCUCGUUCUGCAAGCGCAAUGUCAAACAGCAGACGAUCUUCUGAUAUGAACCGCAACAGUUUUGCCGGACGCCCUCUGGUUCAGCAGCCAAGUGGAUAUUCCGUGCGCUCAAGCUAUGCGCCUAGCGCCAGAAUUACAUCUCAGUAUGGAUCCGUAUCACCCAGUGCGGUCUAUCGCGAAAGUGGCUCUCGCUGGAUGGAACGACAAGAAGCGCGCUCGUUGCGGGAUGCGCUGGAGGAAAUGGACUUGCAAGAUGAGGAACGUUUGCAUUCUGCUGCCCAGGACGAAGCGACCAAACUGGUUUGGGAACAUCAGAAUCCAGGAGCGGCUUACAAAAAUCCACAUGCCGCUUAUCGCAACCCAGAUCUCCACGGGACCAACAGAUUCCGACAACAUCUAGAGAAGGGUAGUCACGCUAGGAGCCAGGCCAUAGGUGGUACCGACAUUCCCUAUAGCCACCGAAAGUCUCUUUCGGAAUCUGGAAGCAAUGAAGAGGCACAGUCUCCGAGAAGCUCGAACGGGUCUACGAGAGAAAGUAUUAGGAAGAAGGGAAGAGUUAAUUUCGCGCUGCCUUCCGAAAAUGAUUCUACCGAGUCUCGCCAUGUUGUGCCAAGGGCGAGGACAGUGAGCAACGAAUCCGCGAAGGGCAUCUUCAGGAACCCAGAAGACUCGAUAUACGAAGAACCGGAGGAGUCGAGCACCCAGACCGUCGGACAGAGUUCACCUACAAAUGUACGAUCGGCCCUUAAAAUAAAGCCCAGGAACUCUCUACCGCAAGGCUCGAAUCCUCCUGUUCGAGUAAGGAACUCUCCUUUCGACAGAAAGCAAAACAAAGUUGAUAUACACAAGAACCCGCCAAGUCAGACAAGAAAUCCUCUUUACACUACGAAUGCCCCUGUCCAGACAACCCCGGAGUUAAGAAGGAAGAAGGAGGAGAAGGAGAAGGGAGAAGACGACGACGCCGACGAAAUCCGCAUGAAAAAUGGGAUGGAAGUCCGGAGUGAUGAUAUUAGAGCGGCCACAAGCAUGAAGCUGAAGGAUCGCAGUUCGAAAUUGCCUAUGCCUACAGCUGUCAGUGACCGGCCGGGACAGCCUAUUAUCAGCUUUGACCCGGCAUGGCAGCCCCCGGAAGAGAAGUCGAGUUGCUCCCAAGACGGGCCGCUGGUUAUUAACGUCGUCGAGGCACCGGAUAGCAUUCCGACCAUCAAUGUUCUCGACGAUUCAAAGGAAGAUGCCCCAUCGAUCACCGUUGAACCACCUAAGGAAUCCACUGGAGCAUCUGAGUCUGUCGCGUCUAGGCGCCGCAAGUUUGAUAAUCCUCAAAGCAUGAGACCAACUUCUCAAGGUAAAUGGUACUCUCCAUUCACCAGGGCUGGUGUCCCAACAGCAACUUGUACAAAUUGCGGGCUGCCCAUUGAGGGUCGAGUAGUUACAGCUGCAGGAUCUCGGUUCCACCCCGAAUGUUUCAAUUGUUAUCAUUGCGGAACUGGACUGGAGUGUGUUGCAUUCUACCAAGAACCAGAAGUGAAACGGGAAGAGAGACUGUCUCAAGCCGCAGCUGAGGACAACGACGCUCGUGGGUUGCGUUUCUACUGUCAUCUUGACUAUCACGAAUUAUUCAGCCCCCGUUGCAAAAGUUGUAAAACUCCAAUUGAAGGAGAGGUUGUUGUCGCCUGUGGUGCCGAAUGGCACGUGGGUCAUUUCUUCUGCGCUGAAUGCGGUGAUCCUUUCUCACAAGAGAAACCAUUUGUAGAGAAAGACGGAUUCGCCUGGUGUCUGCGCUGCCACUCCCGUCGCACAGCAUCCCGAUGCCUCGGCUGCAAGCAGCCGGUACUAGAGGAUGUUAUCGUCACAGCCCUCGGCGGCCAAUGGCACGAUAAAUGCUUUGUUUGUCAUACAUGCGGCGGUGGCUUCGGGCCUGAAGGACGGUUUUUUGUGAAAGAAGGCGAACCGAAACGUACUGCUAAGGGACGUAUCAUUGGCGGACCCGUACAGCUCGCGGUAUGUGAGGUAUGUGAAGCUAGACGGUUGAAAGCGUAG